AUGUCUCAUGCGAAUCCAUUAGCAGUGGCACUCCCACACACAUUCAAUUCUCCAAGUGAAUAUCCCACAGAAAUCUUGGCCAAUAGGUUUCAAGCAUGGCGUUCCAUCAUCAAGGACCUUGUGAGCUAUCUCAAAGAGUUUGCAAGUGUAGAAGAGGAGAUUGUACGUCAACAAAUGAGACUUCAACAAGCAGUUGGGAUUUCGACUGGUAGUUCUGCUACUGCCAAUGUUUCAUCAUCAUCUACAUCAAAUCACAAGAAUGAAGAUAUAGUUGCCAUUAACAAAUUCUUUUUACCGAUUGGGAAUGGGUCUGUGCAAGAUUUACCAACCAUUUUGACCAAGUUCCAUCAACAAAAUGUCACCAAUGGUUCGAAAACCCUUAAAGAUAUCAACAAUAUAAUUGUACCGAGACUUGAAGAAUUGAGAAAAGAUCUUCUUGUAAAAAUUAAAGAGAUUAAGAAUUUACAAAAUGAUUUUAAAACUAAUUUAGGGAAAGAACUUGGCGAGACUAAAGUAUUACUUCAACAAUAUCAACAAGCGAUCGAUUUAUCUGGGAAGUUAGAGGCUGGCACUAAUGCCACCAUCAAUGGGUUACCACAUCUUCAUGAAGAUCAUGCGAAACAUGACCCUUACUUGGUUAAACUCAGACUUGAUCGUCAAUUGAAAAAGCAACUUUCAGAGGAAAGCUAUUUGUAUGAUGCUUAUGCAAAUUUACAAAAUUCUGGAGGUAAGCUUGAAUCGAUUAUUGUAUUGGAGGUUCAAAAUUAUUUAUCCAUGUUUUUGAAUCUUGUAGAAACCGAGAAUCUGACCAUUCCUAAUUAUUUAGUUCCUAACAUAAAGAAUGGGUUUUUGAACAAGGACCCUGGAUUUGAAUGGGAAGGAUUCAUUGCUAGAAAUAGCGCAGUGGGUAAUGGGAAUGGUAGUUCUGGGACUGAACGGUCAUUCAUUGAUCUUUCAUUUCCUUCAAGAAAGAUUUCCGAUUUGAGUAUCCCUAGAUAUGAAACUCCAUUAAAUAUUCCAAUCCGUGAAGGAUUUUUAGAAAGAAGGUCCAAAUUUCUCAAGUCAUACAGUAGUGGAUGGUAUGUAUUGACUUGUAAUUAUAUUCAUGAAUUCAAGAGCCCAGACCGGAAACGUGACCCACAACCGGUGAUGUCGCUUCUGUUAGACACAUGCCUGGUUAGUGAACAUUCUAAGGAUGAUGGGAAAAACGGUGGUGUUUACAAGUUUGUGUUGUAUCUGAAGGGUCUGAAUAUAAGACAUCGGUCACAUAAUUGGGUUUUCCGUACUGAUACGUUCAAGAAUAUGAUUGAUUGGUACAAUGAUAUCAAAAGCUUGACGAGUUUGGCUACCCCAGAGUCAAGAGCACGUUGGGUUUCCAAAACUAAAGGCUUAGGAGGAUCCAAGAAGGUUUCAAGACCAGCCAGCAUACUUCUGAAUGGAACGAAUGGGAGAACAAUUCGAUCAGGUGAAAGUGUUGAGACCCGAGGCAUUGGAGCUGGGUCUGUCAAAUCAAAGUCAAAAGUUGGACAAAGAUUAUCAACACAUGGGAGGAUCGACUCUCCACGCUUAAUUAAUAGCGAUGGCACCGCAGUAGCACAAUCACUGCCUACUGUUGGUGCCAAUUCUGGAAGAAACGAUGCAAUGGGAGCACAUCUGAUAAACUCUGGUGCACCAGGUGUCACUGGAACUGGACCAGUUCCUCAUACUAUGGUUUCCACUCCGGUUGCACAAAAAGGAGCACCACCAAAUAUACCGAUGAAUGCCACCCCAGUACCACCUGCUGGUAAUCCUGGUGCACCAGGAGGAGUGCCUCCAACGACAGCAACAGGAGCCCCUGUAUAUUAUAUUACACCAGGUCAACAACAAUAUUAUGACCCAGUUCAACAACAAUAUUACACCAUUAGCCCUUCAAUUCAACCACAAUAUUUCCCUGUGUCACCUCAGAACCAAACACAAUAUUUCAUUCCACAGAAUGGUGCCCAGCCUGGUCAACCUGGUCAACCUGGUCAACAUAGUCAACCUGGCCAACCUGGUCAACCUGGUCAACAUAGUCAACCUGGCCAACCUGGUCAACCCGGACAGGGAACUGCAGCACCAUCUGGUCCAAUUUAUCCACAGCAUUUCUACCCACAAUCUCCGCUGUUGCAACCACAAUAUGCGGAUGUUACUUCACUUGGAAGUUAUCUUCCAUAUCCGCCACCAGGAGUUCCUGGUCCCACACCGGUGAAACAUGAAGAUUAUACUUCUCUACCAGCUGACGGUGCUCCAAUGGGCCACGAAAUACAUCCAACUAUAUCUCGUAAUGGAGAGAUAAUCAUUAGUCGUGAAAACCUUAAUGACGAAGUUGAUACUUUGCCUAGUGUAGUGACUGACAAUGAGGAAGAUGAAAGACAUUAA